GACAUCAGAGGAGAAAAUAGUGUCACCUCAAGCUCAACAAUGGCGCCGGAAAUCCCAUGGUCCCUAAUUAAUCAACUACAGAUCUCACUCCGCAAGGAAUCCCAACUUCCUUCCUUCGACCCAGAUGACGCCUCGCUUCCUCCACUUCAUCAACUCAGUGACUCAAUCGCGGAGCCAGAUCCUUCCUCACCAGAUCUCCGCUGCAACCGCUGCAAACGGACUCUCCUCAGAGGCGCACAAUCGCUUAUUUGCGUCUUUUGCGGCAAACAACAGCGCAGCGAGGAGGAUUCACCCAUCAAUUUCACGUCCUCUCUGGGUUACCGUUUGUUCCUCCACUCCCUUGAGUUAGAUGGAUCGGAGGUUGUGCGACCUAAAAUAGAAGCAAAAGAAUCGAGCAGAGGGCAAAAUGCUCCUCAAGAUGCUAUUCCAUUGUCUGAGUUAUUAAAUUUAGAAAUAAGAGUGCAAGCUGAGCCAGAGAAACUUGAAACUAGUAUUUCAGAUAAAGAUUAUUUCUUUCCAAGAAAAAGUUCCUUCAAUUUGGCUGGACGAAAUGUUGAUAGCUUUGUUCUUGAAGGAAAAGGUAAUACACUUUUGGCAACACCCGAAGGGCAAUCAGCACGAAAGCCAGAUAUUAAUGCUACUGGAAGUGAUGCGUUUCAAGAUUUCAGAAAUCUAAGUUUGUUUGAGAAUGUUCAGCCUUCUGAGACAGCUCUUAGUUCUACCACUAGCAAGGACAAGACUGGUGAUUCGUUUUCUGGUUGGGAAGCUGACUUUCAGUCUGCUGAUUCUAGAACUCAUCAUGAGAGUUCCAAGUCUCUUGAUCCUUUUGCAGAUUCUUCAAAAGAUCAUUCUGCCAACCUGAACUCAGGUUUCAUACCUGGUAGAGAAUUAUUCGACCAAAAAGAUAAAGAAAUUGACAGUUCCAACACAAAUAAUUAUUUUCAAGGUGGUAUAAAGAGUAAUGACAGUUCUUGCCAGGCUGAGCAACUUGAUGUGACUGUAGAUAUGAAGGAUGGUAGAAAAAUAGAAGACGCAAUUGAUUCUUCUUCCAUGAAUGUUGGUUGGAUUCAAGAUGGUCAGCAGCAAACCAGCAACAACAUUACAGAUGAUUGUAAAACCAUGGAUGCAGAUGAUGACUCAUCUGAUGCCUGGGAUGAUUUUAAAAGCCCAACUGGGGCAGAAGAUGCUUCUAAUGCUUCUUGGGAGAAAACUACUAAUGACAUGAAGUCUAUGGAAAUGAAAGACAAGAGUGGUGGCUCUAUUCCCAGUUGGGAGUCUGGCUUUCAAUCUACUGUUUCUAAAUCCCAGCCUAAGGAUUCCAACUUGUUUGACUCUUUUGUUGGUCCUUCGGUUGAUCUAUCUGCACACAUAGAUAGUGUCUUUGGAUUGGGAAAAGAUCUCUUUGAUGGCAAAAACAAUGAUAACAUGACUUCUUCUGGGUUAAAUUCUAAUAACUGGUUUCAGGAUGAUCUUGUUGAGAAAUUUGAUGUUAUCAUAAAUGCUGAUGCUGGGACUGUGGAGUAUCCGAAUAAUUCCUCUUUGAUGAAGGUUGAUAGGAUUCAAGAUGAUCAAUGGCCAACAAGCAGCAGCCUGGCAGCUGGUAAUAAAACUAUCAGUCAAGAUUAUGAUUCAUUUGUUGAUUGGAAUAGUUUUAAAGGCUCCAGUACUCUAGCAGAUGCUUCAAGAAAUUCCUCUAAAGAAACUAAGUAUACAAGGUCUACUGAAGAAAAGAAUAGUGACUCUUUUUCUGGUUGGGAUUCCAACUUUCAAUCCACUAAUUCUAAUUCUCAUAAUGAGAAAUCCAAAUCAUUUGAUGAUCUUUCUGCACAAAUGGAUUCUGUCUUUGGAUCAGGAAAAGUAUUAGUUGAUAGGAAAGCAAAAGAUGGUUCAGCCUCAGCAUCUAUAAGUAAUAACUGGUUGGAGAGUGAUUUCCAGACUACCAAUAACCAGACCCCCUCUGGAUUGAUUUUUGAGGCUGAGCAAUUUGAUGUUAAAGAUGGAGGAACGAUAAACAAAGCAAGUGAUUCUUUCUCCACAAAAAUUGACUGGUCCAAAGACAAUCAAUGGCAACUUGGCAACAUGAAGGCAGCUGAUCACAAUACCUUUGAGGAAAAUGAGGACUCAUCUGAUGCCUGGAAUGAUUUUACAAGCUCAAAUGGUGCUACAGAUCCUUCUGGUAGAUCAUCCAAACAAACCAUUAGUGAUGCAAAGCCCACUAGUGGCAAUUCAGAAGUAAACCUGUUCAGCAUGAGCAUGAACUCACCAAAUAGUCAUUUCGGUAAUCUUUCUGAAGCAGACUUCUUUCCGGGAGGCUUUACCAUUCAAAAUGGUUCUGAGGAAGUGAAUAUCAUGCCAGCAGAAUCAUCUUUGUCAAACAGGAUGGCUGAUGCAAGUGUAAGAGAGAAUAAGAUUGCAGAGGUUUCAAAAGAUGUGGAUUUUUCUAACACGACUGCAGGUGCAAAGUCUGGUGACAUAGAUACAAUAUUGUCAGAGAUGCAUGAUCUCUCCUUUAUGCUUGAAAAUGAUCUCUCCAUACCCCCCAAAGUACUGAGGAAUGGGAAUAAGGAUUGAGGAUGAGGUUUUGAUUAUGGAAACAAGGUCUGAGGUAUGGAUUGUAUUCAGUAGCUAUUUUUGUUCAAUUCCCACCACUAGAAAAAAAAAAUGGAGUUAUUUUAGCAUCUGGAAACUUCUACAGUUCUACUAGCACAACAGUGCACUGACAAUGACUUCAAGAUGGUUUAUAUGAUUUCUGCUUCCUCCUCCUCAUCUAUUUUCCCUGUCAUGGAUUCUGGAACAGGUCCUUACAGGAUCAAUGCCCUAAGAGAUUAAGGCCAUCUAGUCCUUGCUAAACAAUUCGAGCAAUGGAACAUCAGGAAUGGAAAGCCAUAAGCCCAUAACACCAUGGAAGCUGUGACCAAUUGACAGAUCCCUGGAAAUUUUAGAACCGCACAGAAGAUCAUUAGCUAAAUUCGUGGCGAAAAUCACUUUCACAGACAUAGGAUUGUUUUCAUUCUAGAAACAUUGUUUCUUUAUUAUGCACAAAUUGCAUCCUGUGUGGGAUUGAUAUCUAUCUCCCCCAUAUUUCUUUCUCUUUUCUUUGGACGGUCAAGAGUGUUCUCCAGAUCUCCCCCAGUUCUUAUCUAACACUAAGUUCGUUGUGAUGAUGCUGCAUUCAUCUGUUCCUGUAAUUUCUGGCGGCCACCUCUGGUGGUCACCCAUUAUUUAUUCUUACGUGUACAGCAUGUAAAGUUUGUUCACUCAGUUUCUCUCUGUGUUGAAAAUGAAAUUCUCUCUUUUAG